UUUAACUCAUGGCCCCCGUCCAUGCCGAUAAAACACAGCAUCCACCAAAAACUUACCGUCAAGCAAAUUUGCCGUUCAGUUUCGCCUCUGCAACAACGAACGAGAUUUUAUACAAUAACCCACUCGUCUCCCGCUCCCGCUCCCUCCGAAGUUGGAAGAGACGAUGCCCUCUUUGCAAACUGCGUUGCCUCCUGAACUAGCCAACAACGUAAUUAGACUUUACCGGGAAUGUCUUCGAAGAGCUAAAUAUAUUGGUCAUCAGCAACAUAACACAGAGCUUCUUGUCAAUAUGGUAAGACAGCAGUUUAAGAGAAACAAACACGAGACGGACCCAGAGAAGAUUCAAAAGUUGAAGGACGAUGCAGCAAGGGGACUUAUAAAUCACAUACUCUAUGAAUCGGAGAGGCUGUCUGGUCGUAAAGCGAGCAAGAGUACUUGAUGUUUCUUCAGAAUUUGAAGUAGAGGUUCGGGUCGAGAGCGCAGUGGAAUCAAUUCGCAAGUACAGAGACAAGGAAUUUGUUCGAGGAAGCUGAAGACUACGACUUCGAAAACAUUGGCUUCUUUCUAUUCCACGUGAUGAGGCUGUCUUCAAAGAAUUUGUUCUCGGAAGAGAUUGGAGUUUAUGGAUGAAUAAUGAAUCGUUAGGCGGUUUUGUUUUGAGUCAAUUGACUACCGAUACUGUUCGAGUUUUUAUAGAAUUAUUUGAGGGAGACGGUUUAUGAAAGUGGAUUAUAGUGAUGAAGGGGAGGGAUGAACUUUCAGGUUUUGCAGAUAAGAUCCGAAACAACAUGGUUCAAGU